AUGGGCGGCCUGCUGUCCCAGAGCGGCGCGACCAAGGCCUCCUACCUGCAGCUGCGGGCGCUGGUUGAGCCCAGGUCCUCCGGGAGCUCGGGCUACAGCAAGCUCGGGGGCGCGGAGGCGGGCCGCACGCCGGAGGCGGUGAUCGUGCAGUCGCCCAACGGCCAGCCAAAGUGCGCCGGCAGGUACGUUCUCACGGACGACGUCGCGAACGGCAAGCCCGUCUGGAGGACCUCGAAGCAGGCCGGCAGCGGCGAGCUCGAGGACAGAUGGAUAUAUUUCAGCAUCAAGAGUACCUGGAACAUCGGGGGCAAGAAGGCGCGGCAGACCGACUUCUCCACGCACUCCGCCUUUGUCUUCGGCGAGGCCAGCCUGGGCAGGCUUGACUCCCCGCACCAGGUUACAAAGUCUUGGUGGAUAGCUACAGAAGGGCGCACUUUCCAGCGGGAUCCCUGCAUCAUUGUCAAGGCCGAGGUGAGGCCCCCCGAGGAGCCGGCGCCGUGCCCCGUGUUUCUCCAGUGCGGCCAGCCGCGGUCCGCGGCGGCGGCGGCGGCCCUCGUCGGGCUCGCCCUGGUGCUCGCCGGCUCCCUCGCGGCCGGGCGCCCGCUGCUCCGGGCGCCCGGCGGCGGCGACCACCGCGCGGGCCUGUCGCUGUCGCAGUGCGAGGCAGCGCUCAACGACCCAUCGUCGGCGCUGUCCAUUUUCCUGGAGUGCAAGGGGGUGCAGCUGGAGUUGACCACUGCGGGCAGGACGACCUCCGCGCGGGAGGGCUACGGCCCGGAGCCCCUCGUGGGCGGCCCCGAGAGGCUCUAG